AUGCACAUUGAGAGGGUGGGCCUAAGGAGUGAUGGCACACAGCCUUUCCAUUCCUCUCUGCCGCCGCCUGUCACUUCAUUUAGCACCACCACCACCAAAGGCAAAGUUCCUCUUCUUUACAAAAGCCCAGAAAUCAAUGAAGACACGGCAGCUAAAGCCGUGACAGUCCAAGUCCUUUCAUGGGGGAGGGGAGCAUCAGGCCAACUAGGCGGUGGCAUUGAAGAAAUCAGAAUUUACCCAUCUGCGGUACUCAAUCUCCUCUUUCCCGAUGCUUCUUUUUCUCUCUCCCCAGCCCCAGGCAAAAUCUUCGAUCAAAGUGGCCAAAAGGAGCAAACUUUGCACUCGGUUGGGGUAUCAUGCGGGUUGUUCCAUUCGGGUUUGGUUGUGGAUGGCAAGUUGUGGAUGUGGGGCAAAGGUGAUGGGGGUCGUCUUGGUUUUGGCCAUGAGAAUCCUGCUUUUUUGCCUACUUUAAAUCCUCACUUGGAUUCUGUUUCCUCCGUUGCCCUUGGUGGUAUUCACUCUGUGGCACUAACUUCAAAGGGGGAGGUCUUUACUUGUUUGCAGGGGUUAUGGUGGUUUGGUGCACUCGGACACCGUGUUUAUCAUAGAGAACUCAUACCAAGAUUGGUAGAAAGCAAUUGGAGUGGAACUAUACGUCAUAUUGCAACUAGUGGGACGCAUACUGCUGCCGUCACCGAAACAGGCGACUUAUACGCAUGGGGCCGAGACGAAGGGGACGGAAGAUUAGGCCUUGGUCCCUGUCGUGGCCCAAAUGAGGGAGGUGGGCUUAGUAUUCCAUCCAAAGUGAAAGAAUUAUCUACUCCUAUCGCCGCAGUUUCCUGUGGCGGUUUCUUCACAAUGGCAUUGACAGAGGAUGGACAACUUUGGAACUGGGGUGCAAACUCUAACUAUGAGCUUGGAAGAGGUGAUAAAGUUGGUGGUUGGAAACCCAAACCAAUUCCUAGCCUUGAAAGUACUCGUAUUAUUCAGAUAGCAAGUGGCGGAUAUCAUUCUCUUGCAUUAACAGAUGACGGUAAAGUACUUUCAUGGGGCCAUGGAGGACACGGUCAGUUGGGUCAUUCUUCUAUAGAAAAUCAUAAAGUUCCUGCAAUAACUGAAGCUUUGUCCGAAAAGCGUGCUAUGUACAUUGCCUGUGGAGGUUCAUCUUCCGCGGCUAUAACCGAUGAAGGAAAGUUAUACAUGUGGGGGAAUGCAAGAGAUUCACAACUGGGAGUUCCUGGGCUACCAGAGGUUCAAGCAAGUCCUGUUGAAGUCAAUUUUCUAAUGGAGGACGAUGGAUUGGGACCCCACAAUGUGCUAUCCGUUGCAGUCGGGGCAUGUCAUGCAAUGUGUUUAGUCUUGAGAUCAACUUGUUAAUGAUGACGCAAUACAAGGAAUCCCUUGCAAUGGUGCCUGCAAUUUUGUUUUGAAGGAAGAAAGAGUUCCAAGGUCGAGUUCCAUGGUGAUAUGGAUCUCCAUUGUUUCAUUGUUUAAAGCCUUGUUAAAGAUUUGCUGCCUACCGGCCAUUAUAAAAUGCUGUUGCAAGGUUUAGGUUCUACGUUCAGAAUGAACUGGUUAGAGUGAAAAUGGUAUCCAG